AUGGCGCAGCAGCCGCCGGGCGAGGCGACGACGUACACGGUGAAGGAGAUCACCGAGGCCGUCGCCUUUCUGCAGAAGAUCGGGGCGUGCUUCAAGACGAACCCGCACGUCCGUGACGAGUUCUUCACCCUCAUCACUGGACUCGGAGAGGGCGGCGGCGACGCCCGGACCGUGGCGGCCCGCGCGAGCGAGCUCCUAGGAGACCAGCCGGACCUCCUCGCGGAGUUCCGCGCCUUCCUCCCCGGCGCCGAGGUGUCAAACGAAGACGUUGCUGCGGCAAGGACACGACGCAGCAGCCGCGCGAUGGAAAGGAACAGCCGGUGCCGGCCGGUGGUGCCAACGGCGGAGCCAAACGUGGGGGCUGGUGCCGGCGACGCACAAGGCUAUGGGUUGCUCCCAGAGAGGGAAAGGGAAGGAGGCCGCCGCGCAGCUGCCGGCGUUUGCGGUGCCGGCGGCGACGCGCAUGAGGACCCUCGGCUCCGCGAGGCCGUUGAGUUCUUGAGGUGGGUGCUUGAGCACGCGGGCACUGAGGUUUACUCGAAGUCCCUCAAGGUGGUGUUUGACGCGGGGGACGACAACAGCAUGGACGCCAACGUGAUCUACGAGCGCGCCAGGGAAGCGUUCGGCCCGGCGUACGGCCACCUGCUCCGCGGCUUCUGCGGAUACCUCCCGGGGAGAGCGGAGUGGGAGGAACAAGAAGCGCGUCGCCAGGCGCCGAAGCGAAAGCACGCGACCGAUGCCGACACGCCGAGCAGAGCCGCCAAGACGCCCAGCGCUGACGACGGCAGCAGCAGGCACGCCCUCCAUAUCGGCGAAUGCUCGGGCGGCGGGGCCGCGUGGCGGGGCCAUGACGAUUACGACGUACCGCCGUACAGGCCGGCCAAAAAGCCGCGUGCCGACGACUACAACCGCCGGAUCUCCCAUCGCGUCGGGGAAGGCUCCAGCACCGGGGCCACAGCGCGGGGGCAGUGCCGGCGCUACAGCACCGGCGAAUGCUCCAGCGCCGGAGCCGCAGCGCGGGCGCGGGGCCCCGACGACGACGAGUUCCUGCGCUUCAGGGCGGCGUGGAAGUUCGAGACCGACUACUCGAUCCUGGUGGCCACGAUGGCGCGCGCGGAGCAGCUGCUGCAAGAGCCCGCCGACGAGGCUUCCCUGGAGGAGCUCUUCCCAAGCCGCGAGUGCCAGGAGUUCCUCGAGAGGUUCUACGGCGAGGAGUGGUGGGGGUUCCGGAAGGCGCUAGAGAACGGCAACAGGACUGGCCCAGCGCUAGAGGUGGUGCUGCGCAGGCUGAGGCGGAAGGAAGAGGAUGCCAUCGAGGACGCGAGGGGGCGGCAGGACCCUGCCCGCGCCGCCGUGAGGCUCAACGAGCUCGUCACAGAAAGGCUGGACAAGGAGCGCCACCGCAGAACGCUGGUGAUCACGGUGCAUGAACGGCGCGCGUGGCCGGCCGUGACAUCGUCAAUAACUUGA